UCAAAGUCCUCCGGCGGCGCGGUGCCGCCAUGUCUCCAAGAGAGAAGCGGUUCAUAGCGCUUAUCUCUCUUGUGUUCUGUGCUAUCGCAAUAUUCUGUCUAGCUCUCUAUUAUAUUCCAACCUUUCUAUACAUAACUUUAAUACUUGUAACCUGUUGCGUUGCCUGUUAUUAUCACACCGGAGAAUCCCUAUACGCUCGGUUGGGCCCUCAUCCACGCCGUGGACUGACUAUUCCGCCUGCGCUUCGACGCUGGUUUCCCGGAAGGACUGCAAACGGAGUACCAACCCCUGAACGACUCAGAAGUCGACCCAUAAAGGGGGAUAUUAGGGAUGCGGUAGCAUUUGCCGGCCAAAGACGUUUAGAGAGUCCUAUUUUUCGUAGAGACACGGCACAAAGUGACUCAUUACUGUUCAGUCCAAGGGAUAUACUCAUGGGAAGUUACAUUGGGAAAGCAGAAAGUCCUCCCGCUGUUGUGGGGAGGCCCAAAGCCGGUGCAAGUUUCGAGGCUAACCCAAACGCCCGAGAGCAACUUCGUGAAAGAUUGUCAAGACCUAACCAUGCUGUCUAUACGCCAAACAGAAGGCUGUCAUUCGGAGAACCCCUGAACAACAUGGGCAAGUUCACCAUCACCCCCCAGCGCCACUACCCUCUCCAACAGACGGGCACCUCUUCCCUAGGCAUCCUUCCCCCAGCCCAGUGGGACGGCUUUAGGAAGAAGAACAUUCUCACCGCCCGCAACUCGGCGGCGAUCCACAGCCCCGUCACGGUGAAGAUCGCCAGGCCAGAUCAUCACUCGACCAGGUCCCCUUUCUACGACCACCUGAACUCCCCCGGAGUCCUCGGGUCUCCUGCCCCGGCCGCUCCCGCAGACCCCUGCUCCAGGGAGACCGUGUUGAGCGUGCUGAAAGAGAGCCGCAAGAGAGAAGUCGAGGAGGAGGACGACAGGAGUUUCGUCGGAGGACAGAAAAGCAAACGGAGACGCAACGACAGCGGUGGGAGUGCCCAGUUCGCGUUUGAGCCGUUGCUGCCCAACGGGGCUCCAUCGCAGACGAUCCCUAAGCCGGGGAAUCUGAAACGAGGUAUCGCCGCUGCGGCGGAGGACUCCAUCAUGAAGAGGUCCCGGACAUCCUCCAUCAGCUCUGUGACCUGCGGCCAGGUCCCCAGCGGGACCUUGGGCUCAGCCCGCAACCCCAUACGGAGCUCCUACAGCUCCUCGCAGGGCUUCGCUCAGGGGAAGAAGACCUCCACCCGCAGCCUGUCUCCUCUCUCCAGCCCGGGGUCGUCCCGCUCGCAGACGCCAGAGAGAGCCUCGAAAAAACCCAGGGAGGAGGAGAUCUGCUCUCCCAGCUCUGCAUCCUCGUUGAGGUCGGACAAGACGGCCGCAGAUUCAGCCCCAGUCACUGGGAAGUUGACUCCGGCCCCCGAGGUCCCCCCCGCGGCGUCGUCCUCCAACUCAGCCGGAAGCGGGAAGAGGAAACGGAGGAUUCAGCUGGUGUCCAGUAGGAGAGGAGACCACAUCUCACUGCCCCCACCUCCUGAGUUGGGCUACACCAUCACUGUGAAAGACCUGGACCAGGAGAAAAGGGCUGCUCUCAGCCAGAUCCAGAAGGUUCUGGAAGAGCCAGCUCCAGAACCAGAGAAGCCAUCUCCUGCCCCGGCAGUCAGCACCCUGGCACAGCUGUCCUCAUCGACCAACACCACUCCGACACUGAGCAGCCUCCUCGCGGCCCCGCUGCCCACAGAGUCCGCCCCGGCGGCCCCCAUCCCUGUCAUCAACCUGGACCCCGCCCCUGCGACCACUGGCAGCACCACACCAGCCACCACAGCUGUCCCCGCUCCCUCCUCCAACCCCCUGCUGGAGUCUCUGAAGAUGAUGAGGGGGAACGCCGCAGCCAGCGCUGCCUCCACCGCUGCCUCCGCCGCAGCUCCCUCUGUCUCCGUGGCGACGUCGGGGAUGAUGCCGGCAGACUCCGGUGGCUCCGCCUUGAAGCGGAGCUCCACCAUGACUACCCCCCUCUCCGUGUCAACCCCAGUAUCCCUCUCCCAGCCCACCACAUUCCCCCUCGGCCAGCCGGCCAGCACCUUGCCCUCCGCCUUCACCCAGGUCCUGGGCCAAGCCACCAAGGCCCCCACCACUAUCCCCACCCUUGGUGGAUCUGCUCUCUUUAGCCUCACCAGCCCACUAGCUUCCACUGCCUCUACAACAGCAUCCACCACCACCCCAGCCACUACAACAGAAACUGCCGGAAGCACCAAUCCGCUCAUGGCCUCCGUGUUCAAGCCCGUCUUUUGGGCCCCGCCCACCACCGCAGCCCCGCCUACCUCGGCCCCGGGAAGCCAACCCGCCGCAGCCCCCACCUUCAAGCCUCUCUUUGGAAGUGCCACCUCCAGCAGUGCAUUUGGGCAGUCCCUCUCCAAGACCACCAUGGCGGCGGCCCCCUCCCCGACCCCGCAGCUGUUCGGCGGGGUUUCUAACAGCACCGCCGGGCUCCCGGCCGCCUCCACCAAGCCGGCCGCCCAGCCGCCGGCGGCCAAGUCGCUGUUCGGAAACUGGAGCGCGGCGCCCGCGACGACCGCUCCCUCGGCCGUCACGCCCGCCCCCUCCGCGGGGGGGAGCGCCUUCCAGUUUGGCACGGCGGCCACGGCGGCUCCCCCUCCCAGCUCCACGGUGACAACCUCCGGCGGUAACGGCGCCUUCACGUUUGGCACCAUGACCACGGCCUCCUCCGCCACCAUGCAGCCUGCCCCCCCGGCCCAGGCCAAGCCCCAGGGAGGCUUCACAUUCGGCCAGGCUGCAUCCAGCCAGGGCUCCGCCCCAGGGACCUUUGGCGGUUUCGGCAUGGGCAGCGUCGGUGCGACGACCACUAGCGCCGCCGCGCCGCCGGCGACUCAGUCCUCCUUUGCUUUCGGGAAGCCGUCGUUCGACACCCCCUCUGCCACCGCGUUCCCAAGCACGACUCAGGCCCCCGGGGCCACGGGAAAGCCGUUUGCGUUCGGGUCGAGCGCGACCAGGGCCCCUCCAGCGUCCGCCCCCGCUCCCUUCGCCUUUGGGGGAGGAGCCGCUAGCACGGCGGCCUCUGCCUUCGGGGGAGGAGCUACUGGCACGGCGGCCUCUGCCUUCGGGGGAGGAGCCACCGGCACGCCGGCCUCUGCCUUCGGGGGAGGAGCCGCCAGCACGGCGGCCUCUGCCUUCGGGGGAGGAGCCGCCAGCACGCCGGCCUCUGCCUUCGGGGGAGGAGCCACCAGCACGCCGGCCUCUGCCUUCGGGGGAGGAGCCACCAGCACGCCGGCCUCUGCCUUCGGGGGAGGAGCCACCAGCACGCCGGCCUCUGCCUUCGGGGGAGGAGCCCCUACCACGGUGGCCUCUACCUUCGGGUCCUCCGCCAAGCCGGCAUUUGGAAGCGGUUCCACCGGCUUUGCGUUCGGCAGCACCACAACCCCCUCGGCCGCCGCCGCCCCACCUGCCUUCGGCUCGGCCACCCAGACCGCCGGCGCGUCGCUCCCUCCCCCCGCCUCCACAUUCACCUUCGGCGGUGGGCUGCCGCAGCACAAUCCAGCCACCCCUGCCCAGCCCGCCAGCGGUGGAUUCAACUUUGGCGCGGCCAUUUCAGGCAGUCAGUUUGGAAGCCCUAUUCCAAACAACCCCGCCACACAGACACCCGGCUUCAACUUUGGCGCGGCGGCUGCUAAGGACAUGCCUGCCUUCGGGACGUCCACUCCUGCUUUCGGCCAGAGUGCAGCUCCAGGGCCCAUUCCGUUUGGAACCCCAGGAACCCCCGUCCAAGGCUUCAACACACCGUCACCUUUUGGCUCCCCGUCGACCCCCUCCUUCUCCAUCGGCGCAGGCUCCAAGCCAUCAGGGGCACGGCAGAGGCUGCAGGCCCGGAGACAGCACCCCAGGAAGAAGUAACCUAGAGCAGACACACGGGGAGGGGAGAGAGCCUCCGCCCAUCCGUCAUGGCUGUGGACCCAUGGCAACCUUCAGAGAAGCUGAACUGCUGCUGCUGCUAUGGUUAAUAUAGCGAAUAUGGCUUUUCCCAUCACCAAACCCCAGGCCAACAGCCCCCCCCUCCACCCCCUUAUACUCUUUAUGUCCUCCGGACAGCCUGGGCUGGCCUGAUGUGUGGUACAGCGCUAGCAAGAGUGAGACCCCCCCCCCCCCCCCUUUCUCCCAGUCCCCCCCCCCCCCUGCACUCUACUGACAAUAUAGAGGUUGUCACAAGGAAGGAAAGAAGAGGAUAGGAGACCGAACGAUGCCAUGUAUUAUACUUGAAAAGAGAGACGAAACUUGAGAUGAUUUGACGAAAGCAAAAGCAUAUCCAAACAAAAGGACUCUUCCCAGCCGUACGGGACUCCCUUGUCGCGAUCUGAGCAAAAAGGAGUGGGUACCGAUCGAUUCGAAAGUCACACCCAAGGAGCUAGAGCAUCGGGGCUUCAAUGUUUUUAUUUUUGUACUGAGAUGCCUGCGCAGGGGCUGUAGGGUUACCAAGUUGUAUCAGGGCUGAACAUAGAUGUGUUCUCCGGCGAAAAUGCCCAUCGUCACACACAGGGCUUGUGUACAAUUCAAUUGGUCCCAAAACCCAAUGUAGCCAACAUGUGCAAGAGCUGUCUUAAAAAGGAAAAGUCGAGUUCACUUUAUGGAUGGGAAUUUUUUUUUAAAUUUGAUUUGAAUUUUCUUUCCAAUUGGUAGUGUAUUCCUCAUUCUUAAUAAUGCGUAUGUUUAAUCUGCUCGUGGAAAGGAGACCGUUUCAGCGAUAUGUUGAAGUGCAACAAGUAGAGGGCCCUUGCAUCAGUGUCACGUGGCAUUUGUUAAGCAUUCCCUUGUUCAAACUUCCUUGAGACUUGUUCAGCCUGUUUUUUUUUUUGGUUUUUGACCUUGAUAAAAUAAGGCUAAUUCAGUCCUUUUUCAUUUUGAACAUGCUUUUCUGGACAAUGUGAGUGCCAGAGUUGCUGUUGUGGCGUCAGUGUAAAUAGGCUACCUUGAACAUUGCGCUGAAAAACCAAAGCCCAUUUUUAAGCUUUGCCCCGUGAAAGUCUCCUACCACCUAUUAAGUUUUGUGAUAUGUACCAGACUACCUCUGUGCCCUCCAUCCCCCUCUCUCAAUCUUCCCCCACAUCCUAAAAAUAGGUAGCUUUCAUGACAGACCUUGGCAAUAUUGGCUUGUUGAAAUGUUGUUGGUUUUUUACAAUGGGAUAUAACCAAGCUGAAAGGCUGACCGCUAAAGUAUUUGCCUCCAGCUUCCACCUAGUCCAUACUCAAACAUCAAAGUAGAGACGUGUGUGUGUGUGUGUGAUCCCUAAAUGGGGUCAAAUCCUUGUCCUACAGCUUCACAAAUAUGCAGGCAAAUUUCCACCCAGCAACGAAGCACCGCAUUCAGCCAUCAAACUGUGUUGCUAGAUAUGUUGACCGAUAUUACAUGUUUUCAAGGCCAUUAUGUACCGCAUAGUAUGUCCAGAUUCCCUGCCACACGCACACACAACCACAACACCCCCCCCCCCCUUAACAUUCUAUCGCCAUGCCUACAAAGGCAAGCAAACACUAUAGCCCAACUGCCAUCUGUAUACUCAAACCAAGACAAAGAUGAGCGCACCUCUUUAAACGAGCUCAGCUUGGAACUCCACUUAUGCAUUGAACUGACAUACUGCAGUACAUGAUUGACACCCCCCCCCCUCCCCCAGGUUCUGUCUUGUGUAUAUGCUUGCCACUAUAUUUGCCUUGGUGAGUCUGGCUUGGAGGAAAAGUUGUGAUUGGCGGCAUAUUGGUAGUGCCGGACAUGGUUUUACCUGCAUGCUAACCGGGGGCUAGGUUAGGAGAAUUUGUGGAGGGUGGGUGGUGGGAGGGGACUGGGUCUGGAGUUUUGUUAACAAUUUAUUGACAAACUGUAUGAUGAUACAAGUGAAUUGUUCAAAUUUUACCAAGUAGGAGAGCUUGUUCUUGUCAUUUAAUGCUGGAUUGAAACUCAGGACUAAAGGAAUUGAAGGGGAAAUUGUCUUCUUUUCAAGUGAAACCGAACUUCUGUCGAACCGUUUAUCGUUUCACUAACCAUGUAGGUUAUUUAUGUAAAAUUACCUCGGAAAUUAAGAAGUGUUCAGCCCCUCAUGGAGAUGAUUUUGAACUCUUACUUUUAGUAAGAAUUAUCUCUUCUGGUCGAGCCAGGUAGUGAUUGUAAGAGAAGUGCGUGAAUGUGUGUGUGUGGGGCAUGAUUUGGCUGAAUAGUGGCAACAGAUGCUAAAACUGAGAAAAAUGGGAAGGGGGGGGGCAAGGGGAAAUGCGCACAGACUUUAUUUUUGUAUUCAAGCAGGUUGCCUUUUAGAAUUCCUUCAAGCUUGGCUCACUGAGGCAUUGGUCUUUAGUUAGUUGUGAAUGACUUUUUCUAAUUCGUUAAGUUUUCCUCAACCUACUGCAUUGGUGGAAUAAAAUUGUCUAUAAAAGUUUCCCUUUGUAAGAGUUCACUUCUUUUAUACGAGAGAGCACUAGGUCUGCUACUGUGAGUGUACUGUAUGUGAAUGCUGUCUUAUUGUGGACAGUACAAGCCUAACGAGCAUGUAAAUUGUGUUGCUUAUAGAGACUUUUUGGUGACUUCAUGUGUAGGUGUGCGUUUGAGUUUAGGCAAAUUAAUUUGUCAGUUGUGGUACAUUUGAGUUCCUUGUCCAUUCAUAUAUGCACCACAAUUCCAAAAUGUAACUUAUGUUCAUUUUAUUUUCGUUACAUUUCAACAUCCCUUUAAAAUAACAACUCUUCACUGUCCAGUUUAAUCACUGGGAUCAUCUGCCACAAGAUUGUUGGUGGGAAUGUCUCAUGCUAGAGGCUCAUUGUGUUGUGAUAUUUGAUUUGCUUGUGCAUCCACUGAACACUGAAGAAACCUGGUUUAGAUAUAUAUGGUGAUGGAAGUGUAAAAUAACUUUCAAAUUGGUUCGGGAAUCCUCAAUUGAUGUGGAUGUCAUACUUGCACAACUGAAAAGCACAAAACAAAGAAUGUAGUCGUAGGGUUGGAAUCAAAACAAAUCUAGUGUGCUAUACCCAUUUGUACAAUGACUAAUGAACAUGUGUACUUCAUGUCAAACCCUCUUAUUUAAGCCUCGUGUUCAUGUGUUUGGAAGACGUUUUUGAGCUUUGAUUGUGGCUGUACUGUACAGUAUGGACGAAGGAUGUCAGCUUAUGUUUUGUUAGAAUGUUACUGAAAAGACCCCAAAUGGCUGAAAUAUAGAUUUGGUUUUGUUGCAGCAGUGUUCAAGAGCUGGAUGUCUUAAGUUAUGAGUGUUUGCGAGUGCUGUAGCUAGCUGGUGUGGCUGUUAUCUUAUUUAGGAAUGUCGUGAGUGUGUAUGUACGCAGAUUUUUUGGUAAUAAGAGGUGCUUUCCCUUUGGAGGAUGGGAAGGAGUGUGUGUGUGCAGACCUGGAUGUAUUGUAUAAUGGCCUCCCUUCUGCUCAUGAAAUGUACUUGUUUUAAAUAAAUAUGUGAUGACUAU